UAAUUUUUUUUUUUCAAAUGCUUCUUAGUUGCCGAUUUUAUGUUGCGAUACUUACCCCCUGUUUCACUGUUUUGAGCUUUGUGCAGUUCCAAAUGGAGGAGCAGUGUCUGGUGAUUUGUGGUGACUGGGUUUGUGGUCAUGGGAGCAGAUGGGAAUUUGUUGUCGACAAACGUCAGAUGGGUCGUCUAGUUCCGGUUUCUGAAAGUGUUACAGUGAAAGAGCUUCAAGGCGUUGUCUUGAAAGAGUUCGGUAAGGACGAUAGUUCAUGGGUAGCUGUUCUUAGUUACUGGCCGCCUAGUAGCAUGGAGCUUGCCACUGGGAUUCGAACACCACCAGUUCAGCUUACAAGUGAUGGAUCUAUCAAGUAUUUCGUGCAGCACGCGAGGGUGAAAGGGUCAAUGAAUUUGUUUGUAAGGUUUGAACAGAAGCUUUCAGGCGUUGAUUCUGUUGACGACAGUGGAAUGGGUUUUGUAACGCCUGUUGCCUUGCCCCCCAAACGUUCAGCAACAUUCUCAUCUGGUGUUUCUAACGGUGUCCAUGUUUCCACGGGUGCUUCGAAGGCUAAAGGUGUGAACUUUGUCGAUGUGGAGUUCAUUAGUGAGGUCGAGAGAGUUGAGACGGAGUUUAACAGCCGCAAAAGACCUGGGAAAGCUCAUGUUGUGAGAGGUAAUACUGGUGGUGAGGGGAGCAAGAGCGGUUCUAAAGUUGUUGAAGGCGAAGUAUGUAGCGACAGCAGUGAGGGAGAGGAGGAGCUGAGUGAAAGGGUCGUUGACGAGGUAGAUGUUCGACCUCGAGGCUAUGACAAAGAGUUCUGGGAACCAUUACUUGGCACUGACUACCUUGGAUCGAACGCUGUGAAUGUCAUCUACAACGAGGACGAGAUUGUGAAUGGUUUGACAAGGGGUAGUGGAGCUCGCCGUUUCAAAUGUACCGCCAAUGAUACAUUUGACCAUGUAUUUGAGGUUGGGGGGUCUAGUAGUGGCGUAAAGCUCAGGAAAGAUGAAGACUUUCGCAGCCAAAACCCAUGGCUUAAUGGUGUGGAUGGUAAUGUAAGUGUGGCCAGACAGCGGCGUGUGUCCACAAGAAAAUUGGAAGAAGUGGAUGACGAGGAGUUUGACAUCCCUCCACUUUUUGAUGAUGUUACGUACGCUGCAGCAGAGAUCCCUGACAUGGACUUGGAUGAGAGGGAUGGGAGGAUAUAUGUUGGUAAGGUUUUUGGCAACAAGGAAGAUUGUCAAAUUUCUUUGGCAAUAUAUGCUAUUAAGAACCAGUUCCAUUUCAAGCAGACAAGAACAAAGGUUGAUUCUUUUGUUGUUGAGUGUCCAGAUAAGCACUGUGAUUGGCGGGUCACAGCUCACGAGAUCAGGGGUUGUGGGUAUUAUGAGAUAAGGAAAGCUCAACUGGAUCAUCGAUGUCCCAUUGAGGCGAGACAAGGUUAUAAGAGCAAAGCUACAUCUAAGGUGAUUGCUGCUGUGUACAAGUCCAAGUUUGGUGAGCCUGGUAAAGGACCCAAGGCGUCUGAGUUACAGAAACUGGUGUUGGAAGAUCUACGAGUGACAGCAUCUUACAUGAAGUGCUAUAGGGCGAUAGAGAAAGCAGUUGUUGGGGUGCAUGGGUCGGAGGAAGAUUCCUACUUAAAGCUUCCUGAGUAUUUACACAUGUUGAAACUUGCUAAUCCUGGCACUGUUGCUGAUUUGGAGACUGAGGUUGAUGAAGAUGGUGAUGAGAGAUUCCUCUACUUGUUCCUUGCGUUUGGGGCAUCUAUUGCUGGUUUUAACAAGCUACGCCGUGUGUUGGUGAUAGAUGGUACACACUUGGGAGGAAAAUACAAGGGAGUGCUGCUUACUGCUAGCGAACAGGAUGCAAAUUUCCAGAUUUUUCCCUUGGCUUUUGCUGUUGUGGACAGUGAGGACACCGAUGCGUGGACGUGGUUUCUCCAAAAGGUUGAGCGUAUUUUGGCUGAUUCCCCUACUCUGGCUAUUAUAUCUGAUCGUGCUACAUCAAUCUCUAAUGCUGUGAAACGUGUCUAUCCAUCUGCUCAACAUGGUGCUUGCAUUGUCCAUUUGGCAAGGAAUGUAAACUCGCGCUACUCUAGCAAGCACUUGGCUAAGAUGGUAACUGAAGCUGCAACUGCCUACAGGUUACGUGAUUACAGAGAGAAGUUCAGUAAGGUUAGGGCUACGAACAGUGCUUGCGGUGUGUACUUGGGAAACAUUGGUUCUGGUCAUUGGUCGAGGGCAAAUUUCCCGGGGGAACGUUAUAAUAUCAUGACCAGCAACAUAGCUGAGCAGCUAAAUAAUGCAUUGGUGGAAGGUAGGUCGUCACCAAUAAUGGAAUUGGUAAUUUUCAUUCAAAGAAUGAUGACUAGGUGGUUCUCUGCUAGGAGAAAGAAAGCAGAGAAGCAUAAGGGUGUAGUUAGCGUUGAGGUGGAUAAAGAGAUGACUAAGAACAUGGCAACAAUGAAAGGUAGCAAAGUGAACUCUGUUUCUAAUUGGACUUGCGAGAUUGUUGGAAAGUUUGGAAGUAAGGAGCGGGUUAUGCUAGCUGAAAAGAAGUGUGAUUGCAAGUAUUUUGAUAGGAUACAAAUUCCUUGUGGCCACGCUAUGAUUGCUGCAGACAGUUUGGGUUUGACAUAUGAACCGUUGGUGGGUCACUGGUACAAAACAACGACUUGGAGGGAGACAUAUGCUGGUGUGAUUAGUCCAGAAGGUGAUCCAAGAGACGUUGACGUUCCCGAAGACGUGAAGAAGAUGGUGUUGAUGCCGCCGUUGACGUCAAGGCCACCAGGUCGCCGUAGGAAGAACAGAAUGGCCUCCACUGGUGAAUUUCCGGUACCUAAAAAGAAGAAGCUAGUUCCUAACCGAUGUGGGAGAUGCGGUGGAACAGGUCACAACAGGACCCGUUGCACUGAACCCAUAUAGGGAGUUCGGCAAGAAGAAGGAGUAGACUAUUUUUGGAGGAUGCAUAUGUGGGAUUGGCACUCCCAUUCUCUCGGAUUAGAGUAGUAACCACUGGAAAACCACUUGAUCAUGUUUUGGUGGUUCUUUUCGGAUAAGUUUUAUAUUGGUUUAAGACAAUGAGUUAAUGUUUGCAUUG